AUGUCCUCUGAUGCUGCAGUCUUCAACUAUUUGGAUGCUACUGCUGAUGCAGUCACCAUCGCCGCCCCCGUCACCAAACCCGUCCUUAAAUAUUUUGCUGGGCUGUCACCACGGAAGCAAUUGAAGCGAGGCAAUAAGUAUCAGGCGUCGACCCUUUCGACCCUAGAGCAGUGGUCGGAGAUCAUGGACUCAAAGACGCACAACGAAUUACAGCAAGAGCAUGACCGUAUUCUAGCAACGAGUAAUGGCCUACAGAAAAUGGGGCGCCUCAAGGCUCUGUGGGAGCUCGAUCAAUUUUAUGCUUAUGCCUCGGAGGCUGAGAAAUUGAAUGCGGACACAGUGACCUCCUCACAAGCGGCCAGGAGCAAGCAGUUGUGGUCAAAAAAAGGAAUGACCGGUGGACAGUCGCUGGACGCUGCUGUCGGUUACCACGACGAUGCUGCCUCUGUAGACAUUACGACCAUUGAAGAAAACCCUUUUCGCGAGACAGCGUCGGUCGUUGUAGCUGAUUAUGCGUCUGAUCUGGAAUCGGAGGCCAGCGUUACCGAGACCGAGAGCAUUUACUCAGAGCCGGGAGAUAUUGGCCAUUAUGAUAGCUUGUCCCUUCACGCGCUUAGACCAUCUGCAUGA